CCUUUAGCCUGGUCCACAUCUUGACGUCUCGCUAGCGAUGGGCCCAUUGCUUCGGCAAUUGCACCUCACGGCCAACCUUGACGAUGGGCGAGGGGCAUAGUCAGCGGCGUCCGUAACUAUGACGGUUCGCUGUCGCCCUUAUGCGACCGAUGUCUUCUAAUCCUUUCUCUGUCCUACUGUAUACUACCCACGUCGGAGAGUGUAGCCUCUAAAUAAACCUUAAGCAUUGGAUAGGUGUCGCGCGACAGAUCUUGCUGUGCAACUCUCUCUUUCCUAUUGACCAUGUCGGCUAUUCCUAACCUUCCUAUCGACACGCCCGGCAUCCACACCAACGGCGGUGCGAAUGGUGUUGCUGCAGACUCGUCUUUCAAGCUCAAUGAUGCGCCGGUAGAGAAUCUUCGACGUUUGAAAGUUGUCGUCAUUGGGGCUGGCUACUCUGGCAUCUACUGUGGGAUCCGUAUACCAGAAAGACUGAGAAAUGUCGACCUGGUAAUCUAUGAAAAGAACGCUGGCGUUGGGGGGACUUGGUACGAAAACAGAUACCUUGGUUGCGCGUGCGACGUCCCUUCACAUUCUUACCAGUAUUCUUUCCAGCCGAACCCAAACUGGUCGUCGCUUUACGCCCCGGCAGCGGAAAUCCAGUCGUACCUCCAAGAUGUCGCGCAGAAAUUUUCCGCGGACAGGUUUAUCAAGUUGCGUCACCAGAUUGAGGCAUGCCACUGGGAUGACAAAACUGCGAAGUGGAACAUCACGGUAAAGAAUCUUGCCACAGGAGAAGUGCUGGAAGAUCAGGCGGACGUUGUUAUCUCAGGGAGAGGUAAUCUGAAUACACCUUCCUGGCCUGAGAUAGACGGCCUGAAAACAUUCAAGGGCGAAGUCAUGCAUUCUGCAGUCUGGAACCAGAGGUAUUGCGCAUUCCCACAGUGCGUCUUGAGUAGCAGAUUGACUGAAUUGGUUUAUAGGUACGACUUCGAAAACAAACGAGUUGGUGUUAUUGGCUCCGGCUCUUCUUCAAUCCAGAUCGUCCCUUCGCUACAGCGUCUACCAGGUACCCACAUCAGCACCUUUGUGCGUAGCAAGACGUGGAUAUCACCUCCUUUCGGCCAGGACUUAUUCGACAAAUACGGUUUCAAUGGCUCAGCAAUUCCCCAAGAGCUCCGCGAUCGUUUUGCGAAUGACCCCGAGUACUACUACAAGUUCAGGCUUUCAGUCGAAGAGGAUGGAAAUGGUAUCCACGCUGUCACGAUGAAGGGAACUGAACUGCAACUCGGCGCAAAGGAUAUGUUCCACAAGCACAUGAAAGAAAGACUAAAGAGCAAGCCGGAAAUCUUCGAAGCCCUCUUACCGUCAUUCUCACCGGGAUGUCGCCGUUUGACGCCAGGCCCGGGCUACCCAGAAGCACUGACGCAGCCCAAUGUAGACUUUGUUACAUCACCUAUAACGCGCAUAUCCGAAUCUGCGAUUCACACUGCUGACGGUAAGACGCAUGAGAUUGACGCUCUUGUGUGUGCGACAGGCUUCAAAGCAUCUGCCCCACCUCCGUUUCCGUUGACCGGCAGCAAGGGGCUAUCUCUUACGGAGAAGUGGGACAAGCGCGCUGUCAACUAUCUCUCGCACUCUGUUGCCGGCUUUCCAAAUAUGUUCACGAUGCUUGGCCCCAACGCUGCCAUCGGCUCUGGUAGUCUAACUACCAUGAUCGAAACAGUAGGCGACUACAUCAUCAAAGCAAUCCGCAAGAUCCAAAAGGACAACAUUGCAGCCAUGACAGUCAAAGAGGCGCGCGAAAAGGACUUCAUAGAGUAUGUUGAUGCAUACUUCCAAGGCACAGUCUUCGCCGAUGAGUGCAGAAGUUGGUACAAGAACAAGGGUACUGGGGAGGUCGUCGGACUUUGGCCCGGUAGUACACUACACUGCGUUGAAGCAAUGCGGAGUCCGCGCUGGGAAGAUUUCGACUACGUCUACCUGGAUGAACUAGAGGGCCAAGACGCUAACAACGACCUACAUGGUGUGGGUAAGAAAGCGAACAGGAUGGCUUGGCUAGGUAAUGGAUGGAGUAUCGCUCAGAUGGAAGAAAGGGAUCUUGCCUGGUAUCUGUACCCGGAAUUUUUGGAUAAGCCUCUUGCACCACUACCGGAGAAGAAGAGCGUUUAUAAUGUAAGACCGUUUUCAUAUUGAUAAGAGCAGGAGCAAGGAUAGUGUGAGUUACAUAGCUAUCGUUAACGUCUUUCUAUUACCAAUUAGCACAACAGCACAAUGCACAUAAGCUCUGGAAACAUCUUAGCGUACAUCUUAUAUGCUAUGACAAGGCUAGCCAAUUACUUGGUCCCAACCUCAUCUACGUGCCCCAAGCUCACGCAAUAUUGAGACUAAGAUGAUGCUGCGGACUGCAAAGUAUUGUUUCUUCCCGUCCGUCAACCUAAUUUUACUUUUCAUCUCUUCGUAUAUGGAAUAGAUCUUGAACAUAGCUC